AUGAGUGCGAGCAAAACGAUCACGGAAACGCUUAGCAACAGCAAAACGGCGACGACGGUAAUUGCUUCGCAACCCGCCGCCGUCACCGCCAUGCCAUUGCAGCGUCCAUACGGGAAAAUAGUGCUCACUCUUGAGAACUGCUUGCUUCCGGAAACGAAGCUCGAUGUGACGCCUUCACAGAACGAUGGGCUCGACCGGGAAACAGAAACGGAUUUACGGAUCCUUGGCUGUGAGCUGAUACAGACGGCUGGAAUUUUGCUAAAACUGCCCCAGGUCGCAAUGGCUACUGGACAGGUUCUAUUCCAGCGUUUCUUUUACUCAAAGUCUUUCGUGCGCCAUAGCAUGGAAGCGACGGCAAUGAGCUGCAUCUGCCUUGCAUCCAAGAUCGAGGAAGCCCCGCGGCGGAUACGGGAUGUAAUUAACGUAUUACAUCAUAUCAAGCAGGUCCGCAGUCAAAAGCCCAUGGUACCGAUGAUUCUGGAUCAGCACUACAUCAAUCUGAAGUCGCAGGUAAUAAAAGCUGAACGGCGCGUGCUUAAGGAGCUGGGGUUCUGCGUGCACGUUAAACACCCGCACAAACUAAUCGUGAUGUACCUGAAGUACCUCGAGCUAGAAAAGCAUCAAAACAUGAUGCAAAUGGCGUGGAACUUCAUGAACGACUCCUUUCGGACGGACGUAUUCGUGCGCUACCAGCCAGAAACGAUUGCAUGUGCGUGCAUCUAUCUGACCGCGAGGAAACACAACAUUCCGCUACCGAACAGCCCACCCUGGUUCGUGAUAUUCCGCGUCAGUGAGGACGACAUGCUGGACGUGUGCUACCGCAUUAUGGCACUGUACAAACGCGGUAAACCGAACGCCGAGCAGCUCGAGGAGGCCGUGGAGGCGCUCAAGAAGAAGUACCAGGAGCAGCGCAAAAAGGAUCGCCCCGAGCCAAAUCCCGCCCCACCGCCCGCCGUGAUUACCGUCGAUCGGAACAACGGUUCCCACAAUGCCUGGGGUGGCUUUAUUCAGCGUGCGGUUCCACUUCCGCUUAAUUCCACCGGGAACAGUGUGUCCUCCACGGCCAGUGGCGGCAACAUGGUGGGUGGUGUUAACUAUAGCGGAAACAGUGCGAACAUCAACAGCGGUGCCCAGGGCAACAACGAAUCCGGUGAUAUGGUAACGAUGAUCGAGGGUAAAAAAUCUCGAUCACGAUCAAAGUCCCUAUCGAAAUCGUCCCGAUCGAAAUCACGCUCACCCCGGUCGGUGUCGCACUCGCAGUCACGAUCGCGAUCUCGUGGCUCACGAUCGCGCUCGCGUACCUCCCGCUCACGGUCUCGUUCCAAAACGCGCACAUCCCGCUCGCGCAGUGGAGGUUCACGAUCACGGUCACGUUCUCAUUCACCCCACCACUACACAGUUGAGAAGGCUGGUGACAGGAGGGCGUCGAAGAAGUCAAGGCAUCGCUCACGAACUCCCUCGAAGGUGUCCUCCUCGGGAAAGAAGAAAUCAUCCCGCCAUUAUUCGUCUCGUUCACCAUCUAUAGACUCGCCGCAGAAGUAUAAAAAAAGUGAGAAGAAAUACGACCGCCACAGGAGCAAUGACAAUCGAUACACAAAUGGCGCGGAUCGAGAACGCGAACGGGAUCGUACGAAAGGUACCACAAACUCAUCUUCCUUUGUGGUCGAUCACUCUCGCGGUCGGGAUCGCGAUCGAGAUCGGUUGCGCAUGGAUGGCAGCAAAGGAGGCGGCGGUGGAGGAUACGAUCGGGACGAAUACAGACGCAGUGACCACCGGGGAAAUGGAAAACAUGAUAAAUAUGUUUCCAGCCGUCAUAGCGAUGGCAGCAAUCGCCACCGAUCAUCCAAGCACGAAAGCGAUCGGUCUCGCGAUCGCGAUCGAGAUCGUAGGCGAUAAAAAUGUAAACUUUUCACACAAGCACGUACACUUGCAGUGAAUGUUUGGUUUAUUUCAUUCGUUUUUACUUUUGUGGAGUUCCGCUGCCAUGUUUACUGGAUGGUCGAGCUUACACACGAGGCAACGAACCGGUACAGCACCACUUGUUCAACUAUAAAAGAACCACGUGACUGAACCACAGAAACCACGUGACUGAAGCAAGAACAGCAUAGAGCAACAGGAUAAAUCGUUGAAAAUUGUCUAGCCAUGCGUAUGGGACAAAUUAUCUUAAAUAGAAACAAGCCCAUUUCUACUUUUGUUCAUCAAGCCCAAGAAACGAAAGCAAUUGUGUAUUGACAUAAUAGAUGGGCGGGACAAAUUACGAUGAUCGCGAGGUAGCACUACACUACAUUCAUUAUUGUGGCUUCGGUGUCCAGAAUCGAGGGAAUCAAACAUAACCCAAUACAUUUUGGAUGGCGGUUCCGUGUUGUGUACCGGUAAAAUACCCCACGUGUAAGCUCGACCGAUAGGCUAGAUAUUUUUUUUGUCUGAAUGUACAAUUAGAGUGAAUCAAAUGAUAGUAAUUUUUAUGACUCCACUACACCUCCGGCCACGUUAACCGUGUCGAUGAACUUGUGCCGAAUUAGCUUUAAUUUUACUGACGAUCCUUCGGUGUUGGUCAGCCACUGUAUUCGCUGUUCAUCGAUUCUGUUGCGAGACAUUUUAAUUUUGUACAUUUUUACAACAUUUCACAAUCACCCGAUAUGGACAGACAGUAGGUGCUUUACAGGCGAACGGAGUAGGACUAUCUACUACAGCCAGAACUGCAUCAGAAUUAGGGGUAUUAUUGCAGCAGUAGCGUUGCUACCAUUCUAAACCGAGAAACGAAACUGUAAAAAUAGUUUACUCAAGUACGGUAUUGACGGCUGAGUUGAAAACAUUCGACACGUGAUGAAUCAAAUGAAAUAUAAAAUGUUAUUUACA